AACAGUGCGGUCGCAGCCAAUAACAGACUCCAGAUCUCCUUAGUAACGACUGGGUUCAAACAUUGCAGUAUAGAACAUCUGACACAUGAAAGGCACAGAGCAGAAGCUAGAGCUGGGUUUGAGUAGCAAAAAUAAGCUUGCAAUGGAGUCUGAAGACAGUUACCUUGCUGCAAUAAAAGAAGUAGCCUGCACACUAGUGGAAACAACAAUGAGAAAUGUGGAGGAAUAUUUCCAAAACUUCCCUCUUCAGGAAACAGAAGAGAAAUACAUGGCCCAGAACAUUACAUGGACUUCUUGCAAGGACUUCAAUGUGGAGCUGGGAAUGAAGCAAAUUGAAGAGUACAUUUCAAAGUGGGAAUUCCAUGAAAGCUGGUUACACUGUAUAGACUUCCUAAAAGAAGAGGAGGUGGAAUUUAGUAAACUUUACCAUUAUAGAACGAGGUGGAGCAUCCCAACCCGCAGAAAACCUAUUCCCAGAGCCACUGCAUGCGUUUUCUUUACUAUACAGAUCUCCAAAAUUAAACCAUUGACUCUACCAGUGGAAGUAUUUUUUAUCUUUGAAUCAACCAGACUGGUACACAGACCCGGCCAGUCGAGAUUUAGAGAAAAGUGGCUGAAAGACAUUAUUGAAAGCAAGCUGAUCAUGAUGGAGAGCAUUACUUUUUAAAUGAAUUGUUUCACAGAACUAUGCACCUUAAAAGCAUGAAGUGAUAAAUACCACAGCCACUUCUGUUAUUUCUUGUGUAAUCUAUUAAUGUAUACUUUUAUCAUAUGGAUGGGCAGCCUUACUUGUUUUUAUACUGGUCAUAUUUAUUGUGGGGCGGUGUCAUAUUGUUUCCAGUGCCAGGACAAAAUUAAAUCUCAUUCAAAAGUUACAAUGAUAAAUUGCCCAGUAUAGUAACAUUAUAAUAAAAAGACAAACAUCCAGCACACGGGUAAUUCCAGGUGGGGAGGUCCUCUGCAUUUAUUGUGUCAAAUUAAAACAUUUCAGAGACUUACCCCUUUGGUUACAAAACGCUAUAUCUCAAAACAAUAAACAUUGUAGAUUGCAUGGAAUUGCCUGUGUGGUGGGUGUUUGUUGAUUCCCACCCAACUGUGAACUAGGCUGAACCAUACGGAGGAGGACAGAGUAUGUGGAUGCAGUGAAUAUGUCACAUUAUCAUAGAGAGGGGCAGAAUUUGCGUUAGCGUCCGCUUCGCUCACAUCGAAACACUUCGCCAGAAGUAAAUUCGCCAGGACAACGCUAAUUCACUAAAAU